AUCCUCCAGACGCUGCUCUUGUCGCCGGUAUCGCCAAUUCCACGGGCUUGGACUGAUCUCGUCCGGCUUCGAUCUGCCCGCUGUGCUGCACCAUCCUCAAUUGCCCUCGCUCCCCGACUCUCCUCUUCUACCUCCACAAUGCCGCCUCGCGUACGCCUCUCCAGCGGCCGCAUCUCCCAGCCGGUCCGCCGACAGAGGCUCUAUCAGCAUGAGCUCCCGAUUGCUGCCAGAUAUGCCAGCACCGCAGCCACAGCGACGACCCCGGCCGCAUCAAUCGAACAAAUGACACACUCCCCCGUCCCCAUCGCCCAAUUCCCUCCCUCGCAGCCUCCUUCGCACCGAAACCCCGAAUACCGCCGGUCCCAGCUCCUCCGACAAUACACCUCUAUCAUCCGCACCUCGCCUCUCAUGGUCUUCCUGCAGCACGACAACCUCCAAUCAAUCGAAUGGUCCGCCAUCCGCCGAGAGCUGAGCAAGGCCAUGCAGAAAGUGGACGAGCAGAUUGCCUCGGAGGGCCGGACCGCCCCAGCCUUGGCUCCGCACAUCAAGAUCCAGACCGUCCAGACGCGCAUCUUCGAGGUCGCCCUCCGCAUUGUGGAAUACUUCCGACCCAACCAGGCCGCGCUAGAAAACAGCAAGGUCCCCAGAGCAGUCGACCCCGUCACGCAAACAUCUGCCGAAAUCUCCCUCGUCGGAUCGCGCGACGACCCGUCUCUCUCCCACGACCUUUCCCGCGCUGUCCAUAACGCCAUCCGGAACACGAAGGGCAGACAUGAGCUUACGCAACUCCUUAUCGGACCCGUGGCCGUGCUCACCAUCCCUCACGUCUCCCCCGAACACCUGAAGGCCGCGUUGCAGGUUCUGGCUCCCAAGUCCGUUGGGCUUCCUACGCCCACGCGAAAGGCCAACCCGGGCUGGCAUGAGCUGCCCACUCAGAACGGUUUGAACAAGCUGUCUCUGAUUGCUGCUCGUAUGGACGGCCAGGUCUUCGACGUCGAGCAGGCCAAGUGGGUCACCAGUAUCGAGGGCGGUAUGGAUGGCUUGCGGUCACAGCUUGUCAUGGCCCUGCAGAGCAUGGGAUCCAGCAUUACGAGUACUCUGGAGGGUGCUGGCAAGAGCCUUUACUUUACAAUUGAGAGCAGAAAGCAGGAUAUGGAGGAGAAGGAGAACCCUAAGCCCGAGGGUGAGGACAAGGGUGAGUCUGCUUGAACAGUAUAACCUGUUUCGUCUCCCGGGCUUUCCAUGUAUAAUAAAAUGCCGUGUAUUUCCCCCAUUUUUUCCUUUUACCCUUCAAGACCAUGAUUGUUUUAGCACAUGAAGUUUCAUUAGAACCGGAGUCAUAGUUCUAGGUACAAUUAUAUACUCCUUUCGUCUGUUCUG